AUGACAGAUUCAGAGCCAGUCGUCAGCCACGAGGCUGAAGGGGAGGAGACCUGGGCUGGAGACUUUGAUCCUUUCUCCGAUCCCGAAGAGCGACGAGUUCUUUUCGCCGCGUUUGAUUCCUUCCGACAAUACCGGCGAACGGCGCAUCAAAACACGACGCAUCGCCGGCGACAAGCUUUCUACGCCUUGCCCUCUGCCCACUGGCAGAUGCUCUCGGAGCCUCCAUUUAACAUUCUAGACACCUUCAACAAGGUCGAUGAUGCUAUUGACACCAAUGCUGAAAUCGCCGAUGCCAUCCUCGCCGUGGGCCUGGAGUCCUUUGGGCUCCCCGCCAACCCAGACAAGGACGACACCAACCAGAACUGGCACGAGACAGCCACAGCAUCCGAUGUGAACAAGGCGCAUUCAACCAUUCGCCAAUUCUACCGCGACUGGAGCGCUGAAGGUCGCGCUGAGCGGGCAGUCUGCUACGACCCCGUCCUCCAGGACCUCCACGCCGAGUUUCAGACGCGCCGAGACGCGGGCGAGGAGAUUCGCGUGCUGGUCCCGGGUGCUGGACUAGGCCGACUCGUCUUUGAAGUCUGUCUGGCUGGGUAUGCAGCCGAAGGCAAUGAGAUCUCGUACCACCAGUUGCUAGCCAGCAGCUGGAUUCUGAACCACACGGCCGGUCCCGCGGCGCACGCGCUGCAUCCCUUCGCCCUGCACUUCUCCAAUCUACACUCUCGAGCGCAGCAGUUACGGCGCGUCAUGAUCCCGGAUGUCCACCCGGGCACGGCGAUCCAGGAAGCAGCGCAGACGCGAGCGCCGAUCGGGUCAAUGUCCAUGUCCGCGGCAGACUUUGUGGUACUAUACACGGAACCGAGUAACCGCGAGUCCUUUAACGCGGUAGCGACCGUAUUCUUCAUCGAUACGGCGCCCAACCUGAUCCGAUACAUCGAGGCGAUUCACCAUUGUCUCAUGCCGGGGGGUCUCUGGAUUAAUGUGGGACCGCUGCUGUGGCAUUUCGAGGACGGACAUCCCCGGUCGGAUGGGGGAGAGACGGGCGAGGAGAAGGGCAAGGGCAAAGAUGCCUCGGGCAUUGGGGAGCCGGGCAAUGUGGAGUUGAGUGAGGAUGAAGUUUUGUGUUUGGUGGAGCGCAUGGGUUUCCGGGUUGAGGCACGGGCUGGCGAUCGGAGGCCGUGCGGCUACAUUCAGGAUGGGGAGAGUAUGCUUCAGAACUUGUAUCAGCCAUCGCACUGGGUGGCGCGGAAAGUGGCUCAGUAG